ACGGCCUCGCCCCUCUCCGCCCACACCCUCUCCGGCUCAUCAACUCUCCCCUGGUCACACCAGCGGUCCUCCAGCUCUCGUGACGACCUCCCCUCCGUCCGUCGCCUAUCCGAAUCUUCGCCACACCGCUCCCUCUCCGACCGAGAUAUGGCCCGCGACUCCUCUCACGAGCAUGACCACCACUCGUCACAUGUCAAGCAUGAGUCCGAGGACAGCAUGCCCUCCACCUCCGACUUUGUAAAGAAAUUGUACAAAAUGCUUGAAGAUACCUCCUUCGCCGAUGUUGUCGCAUGGGGGCCUCAUGGCGAUUGUUUCGUCGUGAAGGACAUGAACGAGUUCACAAAGUCCAUUCUCCCGCGCAUGUUCAAACAUUCAAAUUUCGCCUCCUUCGUCCGUCAACUAAACAAGUACGACUUUCACAAAGUCAAGAACACGGACGAUAACCAGUUCGGCGAACACAGCUGGACUUUCCGUCAUCCGGACUUCCACGCUGAUCGGCGAGACGCGCUUGAGAACAUUAAGCGUAAGGUCCCCGCCGCUCGCAAGUCCACCGGACGAGGAGCGAACUCACCCAGCCCCGCCUCCAACGCGAGCGUCGACGCGCUUCAGUCACAACUCGAACGAAUGUCGCGCGACCAGGAGGAAAUGGCGGCGCAUAUACGCUCCCUCGAGACCAACUACCAGAACGUGCUGUCAGAGAUGGUCAACUUCCAGCGCAACAUGGCGCAGCAGGACGGACUGAUGCAGAAUUUGAUACAAUAUUUCUUGCAGCUGGAGAAUGGCAAAGUGAAGACGGAGCAGCUCUCGAACCCCGCGCCAGGAACAUAUGCCCCGGAUCCGAACCCCUUUCUCCCCGCAACGGAGGCCCAACGCAUGAUGGGCGCCUACCCGGACGGCGACAUUGCGCGGGCCUCGCUCGCGCAGAUGAACGAGAUCUCCCGCCGCGCCGAGGUCGCGGGCAUGACGUUCAGCACAGGCAGCGCGGGCGGCCCGCCCAGGCCCUCCUCCCGCGCGUCGACUAUCAUGGCCGCGGCCGCGGGCCUAAUGCCUGGCGUGGACGCCCCAGCCCGGCCCAUGAGCCGCCAGGAUGCGCUCGCACGGAUUGAAGAGCUCUCGCGGAUGCGCCCGACGCCCUCCGCGGACCCGACCCAGGCUCAGGCCGGGGGCCAGGCCCAGAACCAGGGCCAGGCCGCCUCCUCUUCGUCGCCCGCAGCGCAGAAGGCGCGCCCCCAGGCAGCAACGCAGGCCGCCCAGCAAGCAUCAUCAUCCGCGUCGUCCUCGCAGCAGCAACAACAGCAGCAGCCGACCGCUGGGCCGUCGGCGCUGGACCCCGCCGCGUUCGACCCCACUGCGUUCCUGAUGGAGGACGCGGCGCGGUAUGGGUUGAGCGUCGACCCCAAUACGCUGAACCAUGAGGGUCUGCAGGUGUUCACGGUCGGCCACCUCCUUCCGCGGUCGUCGCUCGAGGAUGCGAACGGCAACUGGGCGUUCGACCCGAACGCCCUGUCGCAGGCGGUCGUCAUGCCCACACCAGAGGGCAUGGGCGGCGACCCUGAGGAGGAGGGCGAGAGCUCGUCACCCUCAGCGACCACAGUCCAGCCCACGCAGUUCCUCAGCGCGCCGACAUCGUCGGGAGGUGCGAACGGCGCCUCGCUAGGUGCAUCAGGCUCCACCGGAAAUGCGUCUGCUGCCCCUGGUGCGCGUCCAGCGAGUGCGCAGACACUGCGGGUGCGGAGGUCAACAUACGUUCCUGGUUGGGCGGUACCCCCGAGGGUGCUGCUUGUCGACGACGACGCGGUCAGCAGGAAGGUGUCCAGCAAGUUCCUGCAGAUCUUCGGUUGCACAAUUGACGUCGCCGUGGACGGCGUUGGUGCUGUUAACAAGAUGAACCUGGAGAAGUACGACCUUGUCCUAAUGGACAUCGUGAUGCCGAAGCUCGACGGUGUCUCCGCGACGUCGCUCAUCCGACAGUUCGACCACAUGACGCCCAUUAUUUCAAUGACGUCCAACUCGAAGCCGGCGGAAAUCAUGAAGUACUACUCUUCGGGCAUGAACGACCACUUGCCAAAACCGUUCACGCAACACGGCCUUUGGGAGGUGCUCGACAAGCACCUCACGCAUCUGAAGGUUAUUCAAACGCUUUCACGCGUGCCGCGCUCCGUCGGUGUACCUCCGCUCUCGGAUCCGUCAUUCGACAACGCUCUCGCGAUCCAGGCAGCGCAAGCGAGCAACCUUCCGCUCGGGUUCUCCCUGGGAGGCGAGGACGACGACGGGCGGAUCAACCCGCUCGCAGGCAUGGGCCUCACGGACGAGCAGUAUACCCUCAUCCUCCAGAACCUCGUCAACGGCGAGUCCUUCUCGGGCGUCAGCUCCCUCGAGGGCGCAAACGGUGCUGGGGGCAGCGGCGGCGAGUCGAGCAAGCGCCCCCUCGACGACGGCAGCGACGGCCGCGAGUCGAAGCGCAGCCGGUUCGAGAUUAUCGAGUGAGCGCCCUCGGAGAAAAGACGGGCGGUGGACGUGGCGGGCCCCCGUGCUGGAUCGGACGGAAAGAACGUGGAGGAGAGGGAUGGACAGAGCGCGGCCGCGGCGAGAGGCGCGCCGCUGCGGCGACCUGCAUGGACAGUGAACCUGCGGCUUGGACACGCCCCCACCCCCAGGCUUCAGGCGCGGUGGCCUCCCGGGCCGCGUCCGUCUCCGCUCUGCAGCCCCUCGCGUGCGAGGUCUCGAGAAGCCUCCGCGGCCGCAGCUGCCUUCGCGGCGUGGCGGUGGUGUUUGGGUGGGUGGGACCGCCGGCGCUCUGCUACAACAUCUUUAUCUUCUCGAAUCGAUUAUGCCCUCACUGGCUGCGCCCGGGCCGCUCUCUCCCACCGCAGGGGGCGGACUGUGUGCGCAUGGACACUCAACUUCGCUGUGUAUGCAUGUUCAUGCCACCUCAUGUUGACUAGUAUGUUUAAUUUGUGCAAUCGUCGAUACCGUCGCUGUGUGUCCACUGUAUUUGUACAUCAUUACUGCAUUUCCUCAAUUAUGUGCGCUCCUGGCCGCGAUAUCAUACACAUCGACGAGC